CGUCCCACCCGACCGUUUCUCGAGGAUGUGUGUGCGUGCGUAUAACUAGAAUCGUAGCGUAGCACUUCAACUGUUCGCCCGGUGCGUCAUCAUCAAAGCAACCUAUGCCACCUCUUUUAUCGGUGAACUAAAUCUCUCAACGCGGGCCUCUCCUGUGAGCCGUUUGAAAACAACCGUGGAGCAUGGAAAGAGGCUCCAUUUAGGGAACGUAGGGGAGAAAGAAAAUGCUGCGCAUUGAACGGGUGGCAACUAAAAUUUUGGAUUAGAACGGCUUUUCCGGGAAGCUGAACAGACUCAUCAAGGCGACGAUGGAUGGAACGCAGUGCUGUAUGCGGAUUUCGGGUGAAUUGUCGAGUUCAUUCGAAUCACGCAGGAGCCUUCUACAAGGUUAUGGUCUUUCCUGCAUGACGUUCAACGUGGCGCUAGAAGGUGUUAUUCGACGAGCGGUGGGCGAAAUGCGGGGAGCGAUUUUCAACAGAUCCAGUCAACUUAUCAGCUUUACCAAUGACAUUGAUAUAGUUGGCAGAUCAUCUGCAGCGGUGGAGGAGAUCUACCGCAAACUGAAACGCGAAGCAGGAAGGAUUGGGUUGAUGACUAAUACGUCAAAGACGAAGUACAUGCUGGCCUGUGGAUCCGAGACCGACCGAACCCGCUUGUCCAGCAAUAACAAGGUCACGAUCGACGGUGACGAGCUGGAGAUAGUCGAAGACUUUGUCUAUCUCGGCUCACUGGUGACCGCAGACAAUGAGACCAGCCGAGAGAUCCGGAGGAGAAUUAUCAGCGGAAGUCAUGGCUAUUAUGGACUCCACAAGCAACUGCGGUCGAGAAGACUUAGCCCUCGAACGAAGUGUAACCUGUAUAUGACGCUCAUUAGACCGGUCGUUCUCUACGGGCACGAGACAUGGAUAUUGCUCUAGGAGGACCUGCGUACACUCGGAGUAUUCGAGCGACGAGUGUUAAGAACCAUCUUUGGCGGCGUACAGGAGAAAAGAGUAUGGAGGCGAAGGAUGAACCACGAGCUCGCGUGACUCUACGGCGAACCCAGUAUCCAGAAGGUGGUGAAAGCUGGCCGGAUACGCUGGGCGGGAUAUGUUGCGAGAAUGCCGGACGACUGUCCUGUAAAACAGGUGUUCGCUACAAAUCCGGUAGGAACAAGACGAGCAGGGACGCAACGAGCGAGGUAGUGUGACCAAGUGGAGCGUGAUCUGGCGAACGUGGGGUGCCCGAGAAAUUGGAGAACGGUUGCCAUGGACCGAGUGAAUUU